AUGUAUCGUACGGCUGAAAAUGUGUGUACAGGUGAAGAGGAAAGGAAGGAAUCGCGAAACCUGGCACGAAAAAUUGCCAUUUCCAAUGGCUACGAAGUAGAAGCCACUCGAGUUAGAGGAAAACGUUGGGUAGUUUCCCAAAAUAAUAUUUCAGACGAAAAAUCCGGAUUCACCGAUGAAAUUGAUACAUAUGCAAGUCUGUUGGAGGAUGAUGCUACGAGCUCUUCUCCACCUGUUUCAGUACGACCAAUUCCUCUUGGAAUCAAGGCAAAAAGCGAUGGUGAUGUGCCGCCGGAAGAAUGGCCAGAAGACGAUCCAUAUGAUCAAGUGAUUCGUCAGUCAGUUGCCGCUAUAUGUUCAUCUGUGGGAUUCGACGCCAUUGAUGCAAAUAUGUUGGAAGUACUGGCCCAACGCCUGAAAAAUUGUUCCCAAUUAGAGGCGAGUAAAGAAGAAUUACUUGCUAAUUUAGAUAUCUGCUCGAUUAGUCUGGGUGCCAAGUUAAACUGUGAAGUAGCCGGUCGGAACAUCCUCAUAGCAAGUGAUGUAUGGUUGGCAUUGGCCGAUUUAGGACAUAAGGUGGACCAACUGCCGGGAUAUCUAAGCCAUCUUCGCGUCACUGGCACAAUUGCAAUCGCACCACCUCGUGAGCGUCAGGAACCGCCGGCCAUUCCUCCGAUGCUCAUCGGUCAAUCGCGUCCACAUCCGCCGUAUGUCCACGAGUUCUUUCCUGCUUUUCCUGAACCACACACUUAUAUUCAUACAGAGAUAUCAGGUGAACCUGAUUUGACAUAUGAGGCGGUACGGAAAACAGCAGCGCAGCGAAAGCGUGAGAUGGAGCGGUCCCUCAUCAACUACAUGAUGUGCAUGCAUGCUCAUACCACGUUGUUUCCUCAGUUCGAAAUGAGAGUAAGGAAUGAAGCGAAGCAGUAUUUGCGCGAUGUUGAACGAGAUCGAGAUUUUCGUAAAAAGCAGAAGGAAGCUGUAAAAGCUGGGCUAGUCAAGAAGGAAGUGUGCGAUGGUGAAGAAGAUUCGGGAAGCGAUAGGGAUGAGACAGCAUCCGAAGAAGACCUCGAGGAUGUUGCCGAAACGGAAAUGAAUAUGAUACUACAACGAAUACCACCUUCAUGCGCUGUGAUUAGUCCUAUGCCAGAAUUGCGGCCGUAUAUGUCCUGCCUGAGAUCAGACGAAAUGAAGGAGAGGGGUGUCUACGAUGAUGACGAUGAGGAGGACACGUUCACGAUCGCGGAUCCUUCUCUAACAGUGUUUUUGACCAUAAUGAAAUUUAGAUAUUUGGAAAACACGAGACUACAGGACAUCGAUAAGAAAGAGAAUGGUAACCUCAGCACUCUACCUAGAACAGAAAAUAGUGCUGCAAAUGGGGGCGACGAGUCUGAAAGUCAUGGACAGAUGUAUGACAACCUGUAUCUGCGAAUUGCUCAAACUCAACGGAAAAAGCUAAAAUUUUUGCGGGAAAAUCUGGAAGUGCCGUCAUAA